UCAGGAUUCAAGGUCUGCUAAGGAUGGCUCGCAUGUCUGUGUUCAGGUUCUCCGCUGUGGCUCUGCUGCUGCUGUCCGCCUGCUGCUGGGCCGACAAUGAGGCAGAGGACGUUGCAGAGGAGGACUCCGCGGAGCUUUCUGUCUCUGAGCUGCUGGAGAGAGCCAACAGGAAUCUGAUCCGCUCCGCCGAUGACCCCAUCCUGAUCGGAGGAGACAUCGCCAUCGACAGCGAGGCCGAGAGAAACGCCGACCCCUGCACCAGCCGAGGCUGCAAGUGGGGAAAGUUCAGUGAUGGGAAGGUCUACGUUCCUUAUUACCUCACCAACCACUUCUCGUCCAGAGAGAAGGCCAUCAUCACCCGUGGAUUGGAGUCUUUCUCUUCCUUCUCCUGCAUCCGCUUCAGGCCCACUAGAAGCAGCGACCGCGACUGGCUGAGCAUCGAGUCCCAGAAUGGCUGCUACUCCUUUAUCGGCCGUCGUGGAGGGAAGCAGGUGGUGUCUCUGGCCCGUAGAGGAUGCCUCUACCACGGCACCAUCCAGCACGAGGUGCUCCACGCUCUGGGCUUCAACCACGAACAGACCCGCUCCGACAGGGACAACCACAUCAGAGUCAUGCUGCAGAACGUUCAGUCUGGAAUGGAGCACAACUUCAGGAAGAUCGCCACCCUGAACCAGGGCACUCCCUACGAUUAUGGCUCCGUCAUGCAGUACCACAAAUACGCCUUCUCCAAGAACAACCAGCCCACCAUGGUCCCCAUCCCCAACUCCAACGUGAACUUCGGCAACGCCAAGGAGAUGAGCCGCAACGACAUGGCCAGGCUCAACAACCUCUACGGCUGCUAAGAAGCCCGCUCAGAUGUCCUGACAGGACGCACAGAGGGAAGAUGUCCUCCUGGUGCUCUGUGAACAGCAGAGGCUGCAGACCUGAACUCAUCACCUCAACAGUCAAUGAUGCCCCAAUAAAGACACUUUGACUGGAA